AAAAAUGUCAAUUAAUAAAAUUAAAUGUGUUUUUUUUUACCCUAUAUAACUGUUAAAUUUGCAAAAAAAAUUCUUAAAUCUACUCGUAUUUAAUUAAAAAAAAAUAAAAAAAUAAUAAUUAUUUAUAAAAUGUUUUAAUAUUAAAUAUAGUUAAUAUAAAAAUUUAAUUAAAAUAUUAAAAAAAAAAGAGGAAAAUUUUAAAUUGUGGCGGAAACUGAGCCAUGGCAAUCAUACAGUGGUGGAAAUCUAUCUAUAUCAACCAAAAAUAUUUCUAUAUCUUCUUUAAAUACUACCACCACCACCACUGUAAUAGCCAUUUCUACAAAAAUGUCAUCCUCCGAACCACAACAGAUAAAUACAAAUUUAAUACCAUCAACAUUAACAGCUACAACUGCAGUAAAAACAAAAACAGCAUCAUUAUCCACAACACAAAAAACAACAACAGCAGCAGCAAUAAAAAUUGCUACCCCAAUAAUACCAACGAUAGCCACAACUAUUCCAACAAAAUUAUUAGAUGAUAUAAAUUUAAACAGCGUUGUUAUAUCAUCAAGCGAGGAAUUUAUUGUUGUACCAGGACCAGAUGAUAUUCUUAUUUAUAAUUCAUCAGAUGGACUGUAUCAGCAAUCAGUUACAUUAACGGCUCGAAUGUGGCCACCAGUAGAACAAGGCCCCCCUACAACAUUAUUUUGGGGCUUACCACCAAUUAUCUGGGGAAUAAUUAUUGGUUUUUUAAUAAUAGUUUUAGUAAUAUUAGCUGGAGUAUUUAUUUGCUUCUGGUUAUUGCCACGAAAACAUAAAUUUUUAAGCCCAACAAGAUUUUGUGUAACAAGUCCAGCGAGCGGAACAGAUACAAUGGCACAUCGUUCUUCAAUUGUUUCAAAACCAUGGACAGAUGCAAAUGGCCGUAUGAUAAUACCAAUUGGAUUAGUACCACCACAAUAUAGUGCACCACCGCCUCCACCACCACAAGUUCGACUACAUUCAAACAAUAAUCAAGCACAGCAACAACAACAAUACCAAUCACAAAUUCAACAACAGCAUAUUCAUCAACAACAAACUCAUCAAUCAAUUUAUCAACAGCAGCAUCAUCAACAAUCACAGCAACAUCAUCAACAGUAUCAACAGCAACAACAACAAAAAAUGAUUCAAAGUCAACAGCAACAGCAACCGCAAUAUCAAUAUCAACAACAAACACAUUAUCAACAACGUAUUAUAGAAUAUCCGAUGAGCCCCGGAGGGUCAAUAAGUCCAGCUGACUCUAAAUACAGUAUUAUACCAGAUACACAUAAAUCAAUGUGGGCUCUUAACCCAUUAUGCGGAUCAAAUUCAAUUUUGUAUGAAAAUGAUCCUGCUUAUAAGUCACGUUCACUGCCAUCUUGGGGUAAGAAGCAACGGCCAGUAUCAACUGCUGACGACUUGGAUGAAUUAUAUGCUAAAGUAAACUUCAGUAAAAAACGUCGAAAUCGUAUGCGUAAUGGUGAAGCAGCAAUUAUAGCAUUAUGUCGAUCCAGAUCGCAAAAUCUUCAAGGUUUAGCAUUGGAGCGUGAUGGUGUCGUUAUAUAUGAUGAAAGAACUGCUCUUUAAAAUCAGCACUUUAUAUUUUAAAACAUCAACAUUAAAUAUUGAAGAAAUCAUCAAAAUAUUCAUUUAAGUUUAUAAUAUCAUCCAUCGAAUACAUAUGACUUUUUGAAUUAUUAUGAAAGUAAUUCGAUUUCAUGACUUUAUAUUUCCAAUAGAAUGAUAUUACGAGUAUAAAAUUAUAUGAACACAACAUUUUAGACAUUUAUGUACUCGUAUUAUUAAUUAUAAUAUAAAAAAUAAUUUAAAAAUCAUAUAAAACUAAAUGUACUCAAUUAUAUA